AUGGUAUCGACUCCAGAACUCAAAAAAUACAUGGACAAAAAAGUGUAUAUUCAGCUGAACGGGUCGCGCAAGCUCGUUGGCGUCCUGCGGGGAUUCGACAUUUUCCUGAACGUUGUACUCGACGAUGCAGUCGAAGUGCGCAAGGACGGGACUAAGUUUGCGAUGGGGUCGCAGUCCGUCGUGCGCGGGAACUCCAUCGUUUCCCUCGAAGCGCUCGAGACGUUUGCUUGA